AUGUUCAUUUCAGUCCCAUUGCUUGCAAACAAGCGUCUGAUUUACGCUUCCAGGUUCUUGAAGCCUCCGGGCUUCUUUAAAAGGGCAGAAAUGCGCGAAAAACCUCAUCGCAAAACUGGUCCGUUCGAGAAUCCAGUUCGUAGAUUCGUAAGACUGCGGGAAAAGGCGCGAAUGUUCUCACAGCUCCCGGCUCCCAGAAAUGUGCCAAUACCAAAGCCGAUUGUUCCUACGCUUCUGCAGUCACUCGAUUAUGUCCCAAAAGUAUCGCCAGAGGUGCUCACUAGACGUCUAGAGUUCCUUCUUGGACCAGAGGCAAAGGAACAGCAACUGCACGCAAAGAUUAGAGAAGGACUAACGCCUUACCAAGCUGAAUUAUUCAUGUGGGAGCGUCAAAUGAGGGAUUUGAGGAAGAUUUACCGGGCCCAGUACUUCCAAAAAUUGAGCCAAGUGACGGAAGAGGAGAGACUCAAGCAGUACAACAUCCUCCUAAAGACCAGAACUGAAAAUUACAACAAGAGACAAGAGAUUAGAAGGUCAAUUCACGAGGAAAAGAAGCGAAGAGCCAUCAUUAGGGAUACAAUGAGAAUCGAAAAACGAGUAACUCAAUCCUUGGAACUCGGGAGACUCUCCAAGAGAAAGAUUGCAAACAUUUAUUGGCUAAACAAGCUACAGACUGGAAUGAACUAUCAAGAGGAUGGAACAGUACGCAGCGGAAAACUUACAGAGGAUAUCAGUGUUCCAAAACUUGCUAGUGAGUUGGGACACAAGGUUGAGGAAUCCAAGAGUUUAAGGCAUAAAAUAAUGGACGGGAACCUAUUUUUCAGGGAGCUUCUAAAGGACUCAUUUGAGUUACUUCCAGAAGACAUGAACAGAUUUGAAGACCCAGAAAUCGAAUUAGACACUCCAUCAAAGAGAGCCGAAGUGGCUUACAGCCGACUUACAGAUGCUGAAAAGUUGGAGCUUUUGGAGAAGAAAAUCGCAAUGCUCUCUGAGAAGAUUGAUGAGGAUUCCAAGACUUUUGGAAAGUCCAAGAACGCCUUUUACAUUCAACUCAGGGAUCAACUAGAAGCUGCAAAACUUGCAUAUCUGGUUUGUUUUCAUGCAUGGAAUGUAUUACUCGUACACGUCUGUGGAGCACUAACAGGGUUUUUUAUAUGA